UGACAAGUAAUAAAUUUGCAUUUUGUUGGUUCGGGAAUCAGCUUAUUGAUUUGCACCUUAAUUAACUUGUCUUCUAGGACCCUAGCCUUACUAAGCAUCAUUUGAAUUCCAAUAAGGAAUAUUCGAAUAAGUUUUAAUUGAGAUCACAAAUUUUUAAUCACAAAAAUGUCUUAUAACACCAGACGAGGGGGUGGCAAUUUCAAUAAGGGGAUCUCAGCAUCUCAAGUUGGCCAAAGACGAUCUGGAGGUCCUAAUCAUUUUAAUCAGAACCUACCAUCCCAGAAUUAUGGAAAUCAACAGGAAAGCUACAGCUACUUUUCACAACAAGGUCCUAGACAGCCAAGGACACCAAAUGCUCAACAACAAAUGGCCAAGCAACAACAAAUGCUGGUCCAGAAAAAGCAACAGCAGUCUCAACAACAAAAACAGGUUCAACAAAAAAAUCAAACACUCCAGCAGAAGCAACAAGCUAAUCAAAAACAACAGGAAGAAGAGUUGAAGAAGAAAAAGGAACUGGAACUACAGAAACAAAAAGAACUAGAACUUCAGAAACAAAAGGAGUCGGAACUGCAGAAACAGAAGGAACUGGAACUUCAGAAACAGAAAGAACUGGAACUGCAGAAGCAAAAAGAAUUGGAACUACUAAAGCAGAAAGAGUUGGAGCUUCAGAAACAGAAAGAAUUGGAAUUGGAGAAGCAGAAAGCUCUAGAACUACAGAAGCAGAAAGAUGCUGAGCUGCAGAGGCAAAAAGAAUUGGCUUUGAACGAAUUGAAGGAACAGGAAAUGCUAAACAAGAAAGAACUCGACUCGCAGAAACAGCCACAACAAGAAGAGCAGUUGCAGACAGAUGCAGAUGCUGAAGGGAUGGAAGUUGACAAUGAGGGAGAUAAUGCUGAUUUGGAAGCUCCACAACCUCCUACGAUCUCAGGACAAGGUACAGAGGGCAGGCCCUUCAGAAGGCGUUUUCCACAAAGAAAUAGAAAACUGUCGAAAUAUGAAAUUCAACGCCGUAGAAACCAAAGGUUGAGUAAACUGUUGCAACCUAAGAGCGCAAUGGUGAUAUUGAAUGAAGUUGGUAAAAAUGUUACAUAUAACGUUGAAAGAUCUCAGACGAAAACUGGACCUAAAGGAUACAUGUUCAAAGCCACUUUGGUAGUUGACGAUACCACUCACGAAGGUCAUGGGUUGAGCAAAUCCAGUGCGAAGAACGAGGCUGCGGAGAAGGCUCUGAGGUUCCUCGUCAAACACAAAAAACUCAUCCAGACCGUUACCGGAGAGCCAUCUUCUGCAGCCAACCCUCCAGCGGAAGUCGAAGAAAGCAUGGACACCAGCGCCACGACGGAACAACUCGUCGAUACUCCUUUGGCCUGGCAACAGCUCGCCUCCUUCGCGAUCUACAAGCUCCUGGACUCCUGGGGCGAGGAUCUGGAGAUGGUGAAAGAGGAGAACAAAGUGGAUAAAAAGCCCGUGAAGAAGUUCAGCGCGGAACUGGUAAAUCCCCUGAUGCUGAUCAACCAAAUGUUGCCCCGGGUCAAUUUCGAGGAGAUGCCUAGGACCUCCGUUGGCUCUACCAACACCUUCAAUUUCAGGGCUAUCGUCGAUGGAAAAACCUUCACCGGAAGUGGCGUGUCCAAGAAAGUGGCCAAACGAGCGGUGGCAUUUGCAAUUUGUAAUGAAGUUUUGGGUAUAUAUUAUCCACCUCACAUAUAUACUCCACCUCCUUCUACCGAGGAGCCUGCUAAAGCAGAAGCAGCAGAAGUUAAUCUGACUAGUGUAUAAUUUUAUGACGAAAUUUUUAUUUUAAAUUCAUUAUUCUUUACGAUUGAAUAAUUUUUUUGUAUUAUAUUUGGAUUAUCAUAAUUGAUAAUUACUGUAGAAUUGAUAGUUUUUUUUAGGUCUUCCUAUAAAUGUUUCAUCCUUAUUAUUUUUUGAUUAUGAGCCUUAUUCAGGCCCUCGAAAGUCAAUUUUCCUUUUACCACUUUUGAAAUAAAUUUGAAAGUUGAAAUUCGAACAAUCUUUGUGAAAUAUAAUCGUCUGAUUAUUUUAUUUGAGUAGAUUGGACCUGAGUUUAUCGAAUUGAAUAUGUAUUAUUGAAUUUUUUUGGAUUUUCAAUAAAUUUUUUUAAAUUUA